AAUAAUAAUAAAAGAAAUAGUAAUAAUCCAAUUAUUGUUGUUCAAAAACAAAAUUUACAUUCCCGUCCAAAACCCCAUGACGAGAGCUGACGUCACCGCCGGUCACCAUGCACGGCCAUCGCCCUCCCCCGUGUCCCCUCUCUCUUCUUCUUUCAAUCCUACAAUUCCUUCUUUUCUCCUCUAGUACUACACUCCCUCCUCCCUCCGGCGCCGGAGUUUAGCUCCCAGAACAACCACUCGCCACCAUAGCCCCUCAGCCACCACCACAUGGCCCCACCAUGGUUGUCGCGAAGACUGUUAGAACGAUGGCGCCCUUACACACUAAUCGAAGCCUGGGGUGACCGUUACAUAAAUCCUAACAGGGGUAACGUCGGUCAAAAAGACUGGAAAGAAGUCGCCGACACCGUCAACAACCGUCAAAACGGCGUCAAACCUAAAAAGACCGACGUCCAGUGUAAAAACCGUAUCGUUAUGUUGAAGAAAAAAUACAAGAUAGAAAAAUCCAAACCCCCUCCGUUAAGUUGGCCGCUCUGUAACCGUCUCGAUUCUCUCAUCGGCACUAACAGCAAUACUACUAACACAGACAAGAAACCCACCUCUUUCACAGUGAAGUCAAAGAAAAAGCCUAAAAAAAGGAUGUUUUCAGGUUUGGCAAGUUAUAGUGAGAGCUCCUCCGAUGACGACGAGGAUGAUAUGGCGUGGUUUGAAGAGAGAUUGAAGAAGAAACGGCAUAGAAUGGAGGAUGUAGGUUUAUCUGAUGGGGCUGCGUGUAGGGAAUUAGCGAGAGCGAUAUUGAAGUUUGGAGAGAUACCCGAGAGAAUUGAGAGUUCGAGACAACGGCAAAUGAUAGAGUUGGAGAAACAGAGGAUGGAGUUUACUAAAGAAGUUGAGUUUGAAAGACUGAAUAUGUUUGUUGAUGCUCAGCUAGAUCACACAAAGAAGUCUUUCAAACGCGAUAAAUUCACAUCGAGUUCAGGGUUGUGUGAUGAGCUGCUAAUAUCGUUUGAAGUUGUUGAAGAGUUUGGCAUACUCAAAUUUGACUGUCGUGUUUGGCUUCCAUGCUGGUGAUGGUAAAGGGCAAUGUUUCAUAUUUGUAACCUUCUAUGCAAAUCUUGAAUUCCCCCUCACCUCUUUCCGCAAUUACAAUGUUCUCUUUUCUUAAUUAGAAUCAGAAAUUGUUGCUCAACUCUUGGCUAUCUGUGGAUUCAUGUUGUGUAACUGAAGGAAGUCCAACUCGGGGUACAUCAAGCAUUUGAUCUCCAACUACGAAUUUGAAGUGCUCUGUUCAUGCAUACACACGAGUAUUUAUUGAUCUACAACUUUAUCAGAUUUGAUUAAAUAGAGCAAAGACAUUAGUUUUUUUUUAUCAUAUUUGAUUUGGCACAGCACAGUAGUUAGAUGGGUUCUGUUUGGCAUUUGAUCUGUCUGUCUGUCUCUCUACCCGAGAUGUUCGUCUAUGCGUAUGCACUCACAGUGACACUCAGACAUAUGCAUGUGCUUGGGCAUGCACACAUGCAUCACAAACAUUAUUUCUUCUGUAUAUUUUCAUGUCUGGAUUUGCAAUCGUGACCUGAUAUCACCAAACCGUGCCUACGUUGCUGCUAAACUUGAAAUCGUAUUCCAGUUGUGAUCUGAUAAACUUUUGGUGGUUUCUGGACCCUUUGAACAGGGAAGUUGUAGUUGAAAUUGCUCAGAGACCUAUUUUUUCAAAGGGGAGCUCCAGUGUGUAUAUCUCCAUGAAACCCUCUUUUCAUCUCCAGCUUAAGAGUGGAAGUCCUCUGCCUAGUUAUCCUGAGGCUGUCACAUCUUCAACAGAUGAAGCUUUUAAGGAAUGAUUAUGACCUACCAGUCAUAUUCUUGGCUGUAGCGUUAUUCUGCAUGCAUCAUUGGUUGUUAUGCUAAAGAUUUUCUGUACUUUCUAAUCUUCCAAAAGCUGUAACCUGUGUCAGCUCCUUACAUUCUUAGGCGUGUUAUUUUUCAUUCAAGUGAUAAAUAUGUGAUCAGCUUGUAUCUCGAUACACGCUACUCAGUGCUGAUUUAACAUGUUUCUCCUUCGAAUGAUGUUCAUGGGACAACCGAGGAUAAAAGUGGCAAUGAAAGAUAACCUUUUUCCUGUUCA